AUGGCUGAUAGAGAGACCUUGCUGCAUAGGAUUGUCCUAAAUAACAAGGCUUACAACAGGUGGUUGAAAGUUAAGGCAUUGGUUAUGGAUGAGAUUAGCAUGGUGGAUACUGAGUUUUUCGAGAGUCUUGAAUACAUUGCCAGAAAAAUACGAGAAGUCAAUAAAAGUUGGGGUGGGAUUCAGAUUGUUGUGGGUGGGGAUUUCUUUCAGUUACCUCCCAUUAAACCCCAGCAGAAUUCAGGGGGAAAAGAAUAUGCAUUUGAAGCCGAUUGUUGGAAUUCUAGCUUUGACUUGCAGGUUAAUCUGACAAAGGUGUUUCGCCAAUCAGACCCUCAGCUUAUCAAGUUACUUCAUGGAAUAAGAAGAGGAGAGAGUGAUCCUGAAGACUUAAAGUUUCUUGAACAAGCUUGCUCAGAGGCUGAACCAGAUCCUUCUGUGGUACAACUCUAUCCAAGGAUUGAAGAUGUGAAUAGAGUGAAUGCAAGUAGAUUAGAAAGCUUGGGCAAUGAACUUUUUGUCUAUACAGCUGUUGAUAGUGGUGAGGAGUCUAGGAAACCACAGCUUGAACAGGGAAUAGCCCCCAAGAAAGUUACUUUGUGUAAAUAUGCGAGGGUGAUGCUGGUCAAGAAUUUGAAUACUUGGCGUGGCCUGGUGAAUGGUGCGACUGGUACAGUUCAGGGAUUUUAUGUGCCCAAAAAUAAGGAUAUAACAGGCAUAUGCCAUGCUGCUCUACCGAUAGUCAAGUUUGAUUUGGGGCCAGAACUGUUGAUUGAACCAGAAACAUGGGUUGUGACAGAGGGAGAUAAGGUUGUUGCUGAACGGAAGCAGGUGCCUCUCAUAUUGGCAUGGGCUUCAAGCAUUCACAAGUGUCAGGGCAUGACUCUUGACCGUCUUCACACUGAUCUCUCUAAAGCUUUCGAGAAUGGAAUGGUUUAUGUAGCUCUUUCCCGUGUGAGAAGCUUGGAAGGCCUGUAUUUAUCUGGUUUCGAUCGCUGGAAGAUUAUGGUGCACCCUAAGGUAUUGCAGUUCUAUAAAGGUUUUAGUGGUGAACUGGGUCAGGAGGGCAAGGAUGAUAAUGAUAGCCAGAGACAAGAUAGCAUGAGCCGCAGUGGUAAUGGCACUCAGAGACAGGAUAGUACUAGCUGCAGUGGUAAUGGCAGCCAGAGACAAAGUAGCACUAGGCGCAGUGGUAAUGGCAACCAGAAAGAUGAUGGCAGCAAAUACGUGCUGGUUCACAUGAAAUGA